AGAACGACCGAAACCCGGUCGUGGUCCGAAACACGGACGAUAGAAAGUCGCACGGUUCAAAGUGCAACUUACGCGGGUGACGAAAAACUCCAGCGGCCGUGUUACCGUGAAUUUCGGGUCGUGCGCAAAAAAAAUUGAUUUGCAGUGGUUAGGCAUUUGCGUUUUAUGUAAAAAAAUUAAACAGAUUUUAGUACGAUGUAAAUCGUACGUGAAUCCCGGGGAGAGUCCGGAAGUACAGCAAAAUAAGUAAAUAGCGCCACAAAUAAAGUCAACAAAAAUCGGCGGCCGGAUCUGUUUGAAAUUGGUUCAAAUACUGACUAUCGGAGAUUAUAAAGUAACCAAGUCCAAAGUCCGACGUGGGAGUGGUAAUGAAUUCCCCUGCGAUUGGGAAAAUCAUUUAGUAGUAUUUGUGGAGUCAUUAUUGUAUGUUAUAAUAAUGAAACAAAUUAUUAUAAAGCCAAUUAUAACAAAUAAUUUUUACGGGCAGCCGUCGUCUCGUCGGCCCGACGAAAGCGGGCGACAAAAAAGUAAACGGUGUUUUAUAUGCAACAGCCCGAAUCACCUAAAGCGGGACUGCAGAAAUAAAGAAUCGUUUAAAAAAAAAAUUACUAUUAAAAAAAGAUUGAAAAUUGCAAAGCGAGAAGUCGCGAAAUUGCGUAGACUAUUAGAAGCGACAAAAGAAAAGGCACCACAGCUACAGGAGGGACCACCACCUCCUGACGUAGAAAUGCCGGAGCAAGAACGCAAUAAUGAGAGUGCGGAAUAA